GGUCGCGGGAAGGGCAAGUCAGGCAAGAAGCAGGUCAGCCGCUCCGCAAAGGCUGGCCUUCAGUUCCCUGUGGGCCGUAUUGCCCGCUACCUGAAGAAGGGAAAGUACGCGUCACGUGUGGGCGCUGGAGCUCCCGUCUACCUAGCAGCUGUGUUGGAGUACCUGGCUGCUGAGGUCCUUGAGCUGGCAGGCAACGCUGCCCGCGACAACAAGAAGACCCGCAUCAUCCCCCGCCACAUCCAGCUGGCUGUGCGCAACGAUGAGGAGCUGAGCAAGCUGCUGGGCAAUGUCACCAUCGCCUCCGGUGGUGUCCUCCCCAACAUCCACAGUGUGCUGCUGCCCAAGACCAAGGGCAAGAAGGAGGGAGCCUCUGGAGCUGUGUCCCAGGAGUUC